AUGUUUCGUUCAGUUAUCUCACCAAUAAUUCUAACUUAUAAAAAAGCGGUUACCUUCCCGGUAUGCCAUCAUAAACUCAUGAUGGUUAAAGGACAAAAUUCGACAAAUUUUUUGUUCCUUAAAUCCAUUAUUUCUCAUCAAUUCGCAACCGGUUCAUUUAGAAUGUUACAACAAUCUUAUGCACCUUCUUUUAACUCGCAAACUGUUCAACAAAAUGGCAAAAUUGAUAAAGUUGAGUCACAAAUCCCACCUGAAAUAUUAUUGGACACACGUCAUCCCGAACCAAUUCGCCAUGAAAUCGUUGAAUCUGAAAAACCGUUGAAAUCAAAUGAUCUUGAAAAUAUAGAUGUUAAACUUAAUUUCCAUCGUGAACCUGUUACCAUAGCUGAUAAGGUCGCUUAUCAGGUUAUUAAGUUGAUAAGACUUCCCGUCGAUUGGUUUUUUAAGAAAAAAUACAUUCAUCGAGCUGUUAUGUUGGAAACGAUUGCUGGAGUUCCGGGCAUGGUUGGAGGAACUGUUCGUCACCUUCAAUCUCUCAGAAAAUUAAAACAUGAUGGAGGUUGGAUUCAUCAUUUACUUCAUGAAGCCGAAAAUGAACGUAUGCAUUUAAUGACUUGGAUGCGUAUUGCUCAACCUAAUAUGUGGGAACGUGCUUUAAUUACCCUCGUCCAAGGUAUUUUCUACAAUGCGUUCUUUACUUUAUACCUGCUUAGUCCAAAAACCGCCCAUCGUGUUGUUGGGUAUCUUGAAGAAGAAGCUAUAAUUAAGAUCGAUGCGGGUAAUAUUCCAAACAUUAAAAACAUUCCUGAUAUAGCUAUUGAUUAUUGGCAUCUUGAUCGUGAAACUGCGACUUUACGAGAUUUAGUUUUGGCAGUCCGUGCUGAUGAAGCUGUUCAUCGUGACACAAAUCAUCACUUUGCCGAUCGAAUUGUGCUUGGUCGCGAAGACUUAAGAGAAGAUAUUAAAAAUACAAUUGCUAACGAACCAAAUCGAUUUGGUGAGAAACUUGGGAACAUUGCUGGGUUCAGUCAGGAUGCUAAUGAGAAGUGGAAAUGGAAAUAA